ACUUCUAAAACUGAACAACCUGCAACCUUCUUUCUUUCAAAACUAUGGUAGAAACAAUUGUCUCUGUUAUUGUUGAGAAAGUGUUGGAUAAGCUGAUAACCCUUGCUUCUGAUGAAGUGUCUUUGGCAUCUAGUGUCAAGAAUGAUGUAAACCAGCUUGCUAACACUUUAAAUACUAUCAAGGUUGUUCUCUUAGAUGCUGAGGAGAAACAAAAUCAUAACCCGAAGCUGAGAGUUUGGCUGGAAGAGCUUAAGAAGGUUUGCUAUGAUGCAGAAGAUGUUUUAGAUGAAGUUGAGGUGGAAAAUUUGCGUAACCAAGUGGUGAAUCGUCAGAGCAUUAAGAAAAAGGCAUGCCACUUUUGUUCAUCAUCAAAUCCAGUUGUUUUCCGUUUUAUGUUGGGGCAUAAAAUUAAAGAGAUCAACAAGAGGUUAGCAAAAAUAACAGCUGAUAAGAAUGAUUAUAAUCUCAGUGAAAAAAUCGAUAGCAAUCAUGUUAUAGGUUUGGAUAGGGAAACUCACUCUUUUAUUCGUGAUUCUGAUGUUAUUGGUAGAGAUAAAGAUAAAGAGAUGAUCAUUGAAAGCUUAUUGCAACUAGGUUAUGAUCAUGAAAAUGUUUCUGUCAUCUCUAUUGUUAGGAUAGGAGGUCUAGGAAAAACCACACUUGCAAAAUGGGUAUAUGACGAUAAAUUUGUGAGUGAUCAUUUCAGUUUGAGAAUGUGGGUUUGUGUGUCAGAUGAAUUUUCUUUAAAAAAACUUCUAAUUGACAUCAUCAAUUCUGCAACUGGGCAAAAAUAUACUCAAAUGAGUUUAGACCAAUUGCAAAGUGAACUACGUGAGAUUAUAAGUCAUGAAAGAUAUUUGUUAGUUUUGGAUGAUGUGUGGAAUGAAGUUCAUAGGUAUUGGUUGGAAUUAAAAUGUUUACUAAAUGAAUGUGUUAGUGGAAGUAAAAUUUUAGUAACCACACGUAGUGAACGUGUUGCCUUAAUUAUGGAUGUUGUAUCUACACACAAGUUAGAAGGUCUUGCUCUUGAUCAAUGUUUGUCAAUAUUUGUUAAAUGUGCAUUUAAAGAAGGGCAAGAAAAACAACAUCCCAAACUUAUAGAGAUAGGAAAAGAAAUUGUAAAAAAAUGCGGAGGUGUUCCAUUGGCAAUAAAAGCAUUAGGAAGUCUUCUCCAUUCCUCAACUUCUGAACAAGAGUGGAUCGAUGUGAGAGAUAAUGAGGUAUGGAAGUUAGAUCAAAAGGAGAAUAGCUUUUUACCUGCUCUAAGAAUAAGUUAUAAUAAGUUAUCAUCUCCUUUGAAACAAUGUUUUGUUUAUUGUUCUAUAUUUCCAAAAGACUUCGAAUUUUUUAGUAGUAAAUUGGUUAACUUUUGGAUGGCCCAUGGGCUUCUCCAUGCCCACAAUAAAAAUGAAGAUUUGGAAAAUACUGGCAAACAAUAUAUAAAAGAAUUAAUGUGGAGAUCUUUCUUUCAAGAUGUUGAAGAGCUUGAUAAUGAUGAGUAUAAAUUUAAAAUACAUGAUCUGAUGCAUGAUGUUGCCACAUCAUUGUUCCAAAAUGAGUGCUUAAUAGUGAAAGGGAGUAACCAAAUUGCUUCCAAAACAUCUUAUCGACAUUUAUUUUUUCAUGGUGUCGAUGGUGAAGUAGUUACUCUGAACUUUAUACGUAGCUUGAGUAAUGUGAGAAGCGUUUUGUUUUCUUCAAUGAUUGGAGAAGAUAUCACUAUUAGCCAAUCUUUUUUGAAAUUACUUAUCUCAAGAUUUCAAUUCUUGCGGAUGUUAGAUUUAUGUUAUCUAAGUAUAGAAGUAGUGCCUAAAGGAAUUGGUAAUCUGAAGCAUUUGAGAUAUUUGGAACUAGGAUUAAACCCUAUUAAAAAACUCCCCAGUUCCAUUUACAAGCUACAAAAUUUGCAAUAUCUAUCACUGCUGGGUUGUGAGCAACUAGAAGGGUUACCAAGAGAAGUAAAGUACUUAAUUAGUCUUAGAUGGUUGGACUUAACAACAAUGCAAAAGCAUCUACCAAGCAAUGGAAUUGGCUGCUUGAAUUCUCUUCGACAUUUGAUGAUUGGCAGCUGCAGCAAUUUACAAUAUUUGUGUGAAGAUAUUGGUCGUCUGAGAGCCCUUCGAAGACUAUGGAUUGCUAAAUGUCCAAGUUUAAUCUCAUUGCCACGUGGUGUAAGAAACUUAAGCUCAUUAGAAGACCUUCGUAUCCUGGAUUGUGAAAGGCUUAAUCUUGAUUUGAGCACAGGAUCAGACAAUCAUGAUGAACUCAAUAGCACAGGGCCUCCCCUUCGAUUCCUUGUAAUUUUUGAUCUACCAAAACUGGUAAAAUUGCCGCAAUGGCUUCUUCAGUGUUCGACAAACACUUUGGGAGAAGUAAUAAUUUCUUUCUGUCCAGAAUUGUCAUCUCUACCAGAGGAUAUGAAUCGUCUUAGCUCUUUGAGAAAACUCAAGAUUAAUUUUUGUCCUAAACUGACGGGAAGAUGCAAACCAGAAACAGGUGAAGAUUGGUCCAAGAUUGCUCAUAUCCCCAAGAUUCAACUUGACGGAGAGAUUAUCAAGUCAACCGAAAACUAGGGGAAACUUGAAAAUUUGUGAGUUUUCAAUCUCAUAAUUCAGCCUUGACAAGGCUCACAAACAUGGAUGAGUUAUUUUAUAUCUAUAUUCAAGUAAACUCGUUGGAGAAUUUUGCUUCUUGUCCUUGAAUACUGUCACAUACCUAAGCUGCUGGGUGUAAUUUUGUUCUCUCAAAUGCCUUGUCUUCCUGGUUUGUUUAGCUGCUCUGAAAUCAAAUAUGCAUUCAACAAGAGUAGCCUUCUGGUUUAUUUACACAGAAUACAUACAACAGCACUUUCAAUGAAAUGUAUUUAUUGAUUGGAAAGAAUAAACAUAGCAGCCCUCCUCACUGCUUUAUUCUGAAACUAAUUCCAGUAAUAAUUGUUCUGACUAGAGUGCCAGAACCCCCUAGGCCUUAGCCCUUUAAUUUCCCCUCCCAGUGGUUUUCCUUGCCUUUCCUCUCCUCUCCUUCAGCCCUUUAUAGGCCGGCAAUCUCCAUUCAGAUCUGCUGAAACCAGCGAGCUCUGCCAUGGCGGUAAGUUCUUUGAAGAAAGAUAAAUGCUGGUCAUCUAUUGACCUCAUUUUUUUGCCUGAUUUCUUGUGUUGCACAAUUUGUUUAUUAAUUUCACCCUAUUUGAGCCACAUCAAUGUCAGGAAUCUCUUAUAGGAUGAAUAAUCAGAUGUUUGAUAGGCGGCGGAAGCGUGCAUUUUUGAAAUAAUCAGAGUCACCAGACAAGAAGCAGUGUGUACCCUAUAAAAUUUCUGGUGCUUUCUCAUACUUUUGAGAUUGAAGCUGUAAUUGAGCUUUAUUUUUUUUUUUCUGGAUCUAUAUAAUCUUUUCCAGACUGAGAAGCAUCUUAAAGAUGCGACGGUCCAGCUUUAGCUCUUAUUGUUGAAAGAUUGAAAGCGUAUUGUGGAUCUCAUGGUGUGUAUAUGGCAAACUGGUUCUAGUAAUUUUCCCUUUCCCUUGUACGCCUUUUAUAUUUUGCAUGCUAAUUGGGUUUCUCUUAGUAUUACUUGAAUCUGCAAAAGUAAUGUCAAUGGGGCCUACAUCUCCAGACAGCUUGAAGGUUGCAAAAUCUACUUCUAAUGGUUUGGUGCAGCAUGGAAGCAGGACUAUAUCUUUGGGCAUUCCAACUAAGGGUGCAAGGGCAGAAUCAAUUGCGUCUGUUGAAGACAUAGCUGUCCAAUAACAGGCUUUGUUAAAUGUCGAGGAUUCAAAUAAGGAUGAAAGGAAGAGAACAGUUGUUGGUAGAUUUAAGUUAGAAGAGCCAUGGAUAGAGCAGAUCCAGGAUCUUGAGAAUGAUAUGAUGAGAUUUUUCAGAGAGGAUUUGCACAGAUUUUAAGAAGCAAGUUGAUGGACUCGAGAUGCUGCAGAAGGAGCUCCCAUCUAUAAAAAGGGAAAUUAUUGAAGUUGUGGAUAUACUUCUGAGGAGGAUAAUGCCGAUCGCACUGCAUCCUUUGUUGUCCUUAUUAAUCUCUUGCGUCCAUUAGAUCCUUCAAGGUGGCCUUCACCUGUGACUAAUGAGUCCUUUGCUGCCAGAAAUGAGAGAUUUUCUGAUCUGCUUGUAAAAUGCCUCAUCAAACUCAGUAAGGUUCUUCAAGGUACUGCAUAUGAUGUCAAUCUUGACAGCAUUCUUCAGAGCAUUCAUGUAUGCCUGCAAGAAUUGAGAAUGAAAGAAAUUAGGAGAACGUUUAUGUCUACAAUUAUCUGCUCCUUGUAAUUUGGAGAGGCGGGGGCUGAAUGUCUGUUUUUCCUGAUCUUAGAGCUUGAAUUUUCAUUAACUGACAUCUUUACUGCUUUCUAUUGCCUCAUGUAAUAAUAUUUAAAAUAAAGCUGGAGCUGAUGACAAACCGUUGCAUCUGGUGAAAACUGUUCUACAUGAAUUUAAUUUCUGCAGUGAUAAUUUUUCUGACUAGAGUGGCCGAAGCCCCCUAAUCUCUCUCCCAAUUCCCUGUGUUUUUCCUUGUCUUUCCUCUCCUCCCCUGCUGCUUCUAUAGGCUGGCAAGCUCCAUUCAGAUCUGCUGAAAACAGCUAGCUCUGCCAUGGUGGGCAUAACAUUGAGAAGUAAUGUGGGAAUUGACAAAACAAUUUUUCAAUUUUUAUUCUGCUACUAAAACAUUUCCUUACAUAUUGGAGGGUUUGCAUUCUAAAGAUAACCGUAUGCAGACAUAGUGUGUUGACCUUGUUGGGUUCAUGAUGGAUCAUCAUGGGGCUGAGAUUGUUGCAAGCCUGACAGCAGAACAUGAUGCUGAAAUAAGAAAAGCUCCUCUGAAUGCAUUGGCUACUGGUUACAAGAUUUUAGGCUUGCUCAUGCUGUCCUGGAGAGUACGCUUGACAGUCUAAUUACUGAGCUUCUACUUUGGCUUUUGCAUGAAAGGGUUCCUCAUAUGGAUUAAUGGCAGCCAACUUUUGAAAGCUCUCAAUGUGUUGGUGCUUAACAUUCUGGAUAAUGCUCUGAUUGAAUUUCAUCCUUUGUUGUCCUUAUUAAUCUCUUGCGUACAUUAGAUCCUUCAAGGUGCCUUCAGCUGCGACUAAUGAGUCCUUUGCUGCCAGAUAUCAGAGGUUCUCUGAUCUGGUUGUAAAAUGCCUCAUCAAACUGACCAAGCGCAGCCAUCCUCCUGUACAAUGCUUCAGGCUAGAUUACAGACCACUUUUCGUCGAUCAACAACAAUACCAAAGCUAUAGCUCAGCCUCAAUCACAAGAAGGAUGGAAGAUUCAAUAUUAGAAGAAUUUUCAACACAAGAAGAUUUCCAGCAACUGUAUUUCUGAGUACAGCCAAUACAACUUCCAAGGAAGUUCAAUGAUAAACUUGGAUACUAAAGACUCAAUUGUAACUGAAACUGGAAAUGAUUUGAAUUGUAGUUUGCUGCUUCCGAAGGCCAAGACCUGCUUCUCAAAUUAUACAAAAUUUUUAAACUCACUGUUGUCGGCUUUUCGUUUUUCCUCCGGACUCUUUGUUUCUGUGUUGACAGCUUGUGUAUUGUUAUUUUGCUUCUUUUCCUGAAAUAAACCUGUUUGGUAAGAGUUUAGCAUUA